GUGAAAUAACCGCUGCUGUGGCUGCGUACUUUCUAAGUUGCGAGGAAACUUUUCCCCAGUUUCUGAGCAACUAGAGAUAUUUAAGUCUUGAAAAAAGAAAAGAGAGGAGCAAGACCUCCCCAUAGAUGAAAAAUGACAUGGCGAUCCCGAGUAGAAAGGGUACUAGACGUGGCUCUACGCGUCCCUUCCCUGUUCGUCAUGGACAGUAUUUUUCUGGGGAACUUCCUGAACCUGUUUAUCACUUACGAUCCAGAUAUGGCAUGGAGAAGCUAUAUGAUGUGGUUAUUCGGAAUGGUCACAUGUUUCUUCUCUUCGUGCCUGAUGUUCUGCCUGGAUCUGAAGCAGCUGCUGGAGGUGUACAGCUACCUCAUCUCCUUCGGGGCGCUCCUCCUGUCCCACUGGCUCAACAUGGCAUAUGUCCUGGAUGUCUUCACUACCGAGAUGGAGAAGUAUGCCUACACCGGCCCCCGCAGCAUGCUCCAUCUGCUGACUGACGACCCCUACAGCCUCAUCGCCAACUUCAUGUUCCAGAUCAGUUUGUCUCAUCUCUUCAUCGUGUUACGCACAAGUCGCUACUCGUAUAGACAGAUUGAAAAUAACAACAGUAUGCAGUUUCUAUUAAGACUGAGUAUAUACCUAUCACUGGUAGCUCCGCUGUGUCUAAGAGCCUUCUAUUGUGACUCUCAUCUGUUUUUAUGGUCUCCAUUCCUUUCACUGUCCAUACCAGUAUUGCAGCUGGUGUCCGAUCUUUAUAACUCACUGUAUUUUAUAGUUGUCACAUUGAAACGUGCAUACUAUAUAGCAACAGUAGCAGUUCAGGCUGAAGGUAUUCAGGCAUUUUUAGAACAUCAUUGGCAAAGGAUUCAUGUUCCUGAUGUGCUUCGAGUGUUUUUUAUCAUCAGACUUGUUCAUCAAAUACUGGUUCAUAUAGUCAGUAGUGUCUAUGACAGUUACAUAGAAACUGGGGUACUGUCAUAUUUCCAAUGGGAUCUCUCGUCAAGUCUAUGGCAGCAGUUGCUCGUGAGGAGUUGUGAGACAAACGUAGCGCUACUGGGACUAACUAGUGUUGUGUCUCUGAUGACUCAUUACAUAGGAAUGUUCAUGGCUGCUUGUGUAGGAUCGGAAACUGAAGAGGAUCGGAACAUGGGCACAGUGGCAGCCAUUUUGUUUUUUAUAUUAGCCCUUCAAACGGGACUGACGAGUCUAGAUCCUGAGAAAAGAUUACUGCGACUGUAUAGAAACUUCUGCCUUUUAUCAACAGCAAUUUUACAUUUUGUUCACAACAUGGUGAAUCCUUUACUGAUGUCUCUGAGUGCAUCUCGGAGUACAAAUGUUGUGCGGCAUUUACGAGCAUUAGGAAUGUGUGUGUUUCUUAUAGUGUUUCCUGUGUGGCUGUUGACAUUCCUGUGGACCCAUCAUAAUGCAAGUACAUGGCUACUAGCUGUUACUGCAUUUAGUAUAGAAGUUAUCAUCAAAGUUUUUAUAUCAUUGCUUGUUUAUUUAUUAUUUAUGAUUGAUGCAUAUCGUGAUUCCUUCUGGGAGAAGUUGGACGAUUAUGUGUAUUUUGUUCAGUCCACAGGAAAUACAAUAGAAUUCCUGUUUGGAAUUUUCUUAUUUUGCAAUGGUGCAUGGAUUAUGGUGUUUGAAUCCGGCGGUGCAAUAAGAGCCGUGAUGAUGUGCAUCCAUGCAUACUUCAACAUCUGGGUGCAAGCAAAGGAGGGAUGGAAGGUGUUUAUAAAGAGGAGGACAGCUGUAAAUAAAAUCAACUCUUUACCGGUGGCGACACAGGAACAGUUAGAAAGUGUCAAUGAUGUGUGUGCUAUAUGUUAUCAAGAUUUGACCAGUGCUCGUGUUAGCUGUCAACAUUUUUUCCAUGGUGUGUGUUUAAGAAAAUGGCUUUACGUGCAAGAUAACUGUCCUCUUUGUCAUGAGCUGAUCUACAAGCCAGAAGGGGAGACAAUAACGUCUCCAAUUGUGGCCGAGGUUUGGGAGAACCACGUGAACAGGGCACGUGCACAGGUGGUGCAUCGCUUCCAGCCACACCCCAACCAAAUCCACCUGGCGGGUCCCCAGCAGCCACAACCUCAGCCCUUCCCCCUCCAGAACCAUGUGGCACCACCCCAACAAGCCCCAGCUCAGAGAGUGAUGCAUCCUCACCAGGAAUAGAAGUGGCCGGUGGGUCAGGUGCAUCUUCGUAUAGUCUCAUAGAUAUUCCGUUAUCAUUAAAAACGUAUUCAGUUACAUAUGAUUCCAGACUUAGGUAUCAAAUUGUUUAUGUUGCAGUUUAUCCCACAAAUGUUUCAACUAUAAACAGUCUUGUAGGAUUUGAGUAGACAGGUCUGAUCAUAAUACCAUGGAAUAAUUGCCUGAGGAAGGUGCAAGAAUCGUCUGAGAAUUACAAACCCUUCUCUGACAUGCAUAUGUCGAGUUCUAACAGAGAACAAGCAUGACUACCAUGGUGAUUGUGUUUACAGUGGAACCACACAAAUUUUCAAUGUUCGGGAGUAGAAAUUAAUCCUGGCUUGCUGGACUAAGGCAAAAAAUAGUUGAAAGGUUUCAAAGAAGGUAGAUGGAAAUAGCCAGAGGAUAGAAGUAAAGUCCUUGAGAAAGUGAUAUUGCAUCUUCCCAUUGAAGGUAUUUAACAACUGAUCCUGUGCAUCGUGAAUGAUCACACAGUCGCAAGCAUAUUCAAAACUUUAUUGGCCAGCUCCCACUUGCAUCUGAUUAAUCAAAACAAAAACGUAGUGGAUAAUUCAUGCUCAAAAGGGCUUAUGUAUUUGCAUUGUUUUCAAAGUCAUUGUAUAAAUCGACAUGUACAACAGACCUUUUCACAUGUCAAUACUUUAUUCAAUGUCUGUUUUUCUGUCUGUGUAUGUCAUACUAGACCUAAUACUGCAACUGAGGAAUUACAAAUUGGUUAGUUUUAGCAGGAACACCCAUUGCCCUGCUACCAUGCAUACAUUGACGUAAAGGGAGGGUCAUUGAAAAGCUGUCCAAACUGUGUAAAGCCCUGGUCUCCGCCCCGUAUUACGCACAGGAUUCAACAUAAAGGUAAUUCAAGGGAUUUCAGCAAUAUCUGGUUUCUUAUGUUGCUAGACUUGUGCUGCACUCGGUACUCAUGUCUACAGAGACACUAUGGAAACUACAAACAGUUUUUGUAUAUUUUGGCAAGUUCCAUGUUUACAAAGAAAUCAGGAGUCAGUCAAGUCAAUGUAGUGGUGUCUUCUCAGCUAUUGUCCCACGUUCAGGGUCUUGUAGCCUUUAGUUUGCCCAGUAUUACAUACAGCUUCAGUGCUGUGUAUGGUCAUGCAGGUUACCAUGGCUACCAGAAUGGAAUGGACCAAUGGACUGGCACAGCAUACACGCUUGCCUGA